AUGGCAGUGAGGAAAUGGAGGCACUACUUAUUGGGUCAGUCUUUUAUAAUACACACUGAUCAGCAGGCACUUAAAUACCUGCUAGAACAAAGGAUAGGAACUCCCUCACAACAAAAAUGGGUGGCCAAACUGCUGGGUUAUGACUUUACUGUGGAGUACAGAAGUGGCAAAAACAAUGUAGUGGUAGAUGCACUAUCUCAGGUCAGAUAUCCAGAGAACUCAAGCCUAAACAGUGACCAAACACAAGCCCCAAACACUAAACCCAUAGACCCAAUUACCAAAUUCCCUUCCAUCUUUGAGCCAACCACCACAAAACCCGAAACCAACAACCAUAUCCCUCAAUACCAUGCAAUUAGUGUCAUACAAGCUAAAUGGGUGCAAGAGUUGAAGAAAGCUCACCAACAAGACCCCUUGUUGCAGCAGCUGUUAAGCCACUACCAUCAAGGAGCCCUGGACCCUUCUCGUUACCAAUUUCGAAAUGAAUUCAUCUUCUACAAAGGAAGACUUCAUCUCGGAUCAUUGGUGGCUUUCCAGCGGCAGAUUUUGCAUCAUUAUCACAGCAGCCCAUUAGGUGGUCACAUGGGGAGGAGCAAGGUUGAAACCCUCCACCCAGUAAGGUUGCUUCAACCAUUACCCAUACCUGUCCAGAAUUGGGAAGAUGUCGGCAUGGACUUCAUUGAAGGAUUACCCCCUUUAGGUGGAAAAAUUGUAAUUAUGGUAGUAGUAGACAGAUUGAGCAAAUAUGCUCACUUUAUGACCCUCACUCAUCCUUACACAGCAUUAAUAGUUGCAAGAGUGUUCAUGGAUAAUAUCUUUAAACUACAUGUACACACAUCUACUAAAGUAUCACCUUUCGAAUUUGUGUAUGGCCAAGUUCCUCCUCAGAUGUUGCCCUUUGAGUAUGGAUCUACAAAGGUCCAGGCUGUAGAGGAUGAGCUGCGAACUCAAGAUUUCAUUUCUGGCCUCAUAAGAGAAAACCUGCAAGAAGCCCAAAACAAGAUGAACUAUUUUGCUGAUUUAAAGAGAAGGGACAAAGAGCUGAAGGAAGGGGAUUAUGUUUACCUGAGACUAUGUCCCUAUCAACAGAUGACAGUGGCCUUACGUCGGAAUCUAAAGCUUGCACCCCGAUAUUAUGGACCUUUUAGGGUUCUUCGUCGUGUUAGAAAGGUGGCAUAUGAACUUGAUCUACCUCCAGAGGCACAGAUUUACCCAAUAUUCCACAUUUCAUGCCUAAAAAAGAAGUUAGGAGAAGGGGUCAGACCAUUCACAAGUUUACCCACCGUGACACCUGAAGGGCUCUUGCACCCUUACCUAAAAAAAUUUUGCAAAGAAGACUUAAGAAGAGAGGAAAUAAAGCUGGAGUUCAGCUAUUGGUGCAGUGGACUGGCAUGGAGGAGGACAAUGCGACUUGGGAGGAUCUCCACGCACUCAAACGACGAUACCCUAACCUUGAGGGCAAGGUUUUCUAAGGAAGGGGAAUCUGUUAUGUGCCCAGAGUUGCCCGUGUAUUUCGAUGGAUGUCUUUUGGUUGUUUAA